GUCCAGCUCAGUGUGGGAUUGUUGAACACCUCAACAAGAGCCCUGUCAGCUGUGGGAUCGAGCAAUGAAAGGCUCUUGGCUCUCUGGCUCCCUCAUCCACUGGAGGUAGCGCCUAUAUUUACCAAGCAUGCCAGUGUUAAAACUUCAAACGGUGCCUGAUAGAAGCCGUGGAGCAGGAGUCGGCCGUGCCGGAGAACGACUUGUGAACUAUUUAAUGACAUGUGAGGAGGAUGGUCUUGGGGAAAGUGAGCUGGCAGAUGCAACACAAUAUCAAAACCACUUGUCAGGAGGAAUCCCAGUCGCCUUCAGUUGGGAGACUUCCACCGGGGGAAUCCAAGAACUGAAAACCAUCCCGCUGCACUGACACGGUGUGGCCGCAGCUUCACCGCCACCACGGCUGAGACAUGCCAGUUUCCUUUUUUCAACACAAAUGACUGAUGAGAAAGUAGGCUGCCGUCUGCCUCGGCCAUUCAUCAUCUCCUGAGGAUCAAGAAACUUCUGCCUGGAGAGAGUAAAUCUGACCUGUUAGAGCGCAUGUGUUGAUGGUUUCUUUUUUUUGUAUUUUUUUUUUUGUUGUUGUUGUUGUUGUGGAGACUAAAGUCAUCUUUAGUGAGCCAUUAUGCAAUGGGAGAAGUUAAAGCCUCCAGAGCCUGAUGAUCCUAUGUGUUGCUGUGAGUGUGAGAUCUACCAGUACGGAUGUUGCUGUGACUGUGAAGAUCUGGAUGAAGCUUUUAACAGGUGGCUGAAAGGCAAACCACCCAAAGCUGGGCAUCAGUCGGCCGUCCUUGCGACCAUGAUUGACAGCCUGGAGAUCUCCAUGAUCCCGGCCCUGGUGCUGCUUCCUCUCCUGCUGCAGGUCGCAGCCCUGCACUACCUGCUGGGCAUCAUCAUCCUGACGGCCCUGCCCGGCCUGGUGCUGUGGUACUACUACGCCACACACCGAAAGAGGAGACGCACCCUCUUCUUCCUCACUCUCUCCCUCUUCUCCCUCUUCUACAUGUAUUACCUCUUCAUCACCGAGAUUUUACCACGUGGUGACGUCAGCCUGCUGCAGGUGUGCACCUCCACCGCUGGCAUGAUAUUCACCAUCGUCUCUCUUAUUAACACCAAGAGAGGCCCCGGGCUUGUGACCGCCACUCCACAUGAAGGGCUCAGUUGCAGUCAGGAGGCUGACAAGGACUCCACACAGCUUAAUGGAUCUGUCCAAUCAGCAGCCUCCUCCUCCUCCUCCUCAGGAGCUGCCCCUGAGUUGCAGACGUCAAAAGUGGCCACAAAAGCAAAAUGGAGCAGGUGUCCUGUGUGCAAAAUAAUGCGACCCCCGCGGGCCGGACACUGUCGAACAUGCGGAUCCUGUGUGCUGCGUCUGGAUCACCACUGCAUCUGGAUAAACAGCUGUGUCGGACAGGCGAACCACCGCAGUUUCCUGCUGACCCUGUCUGUGUUCGUGGUGACCGCUCUGUAUGGGAUCAGUCUGGUGCUCGGCAGCCUCUGUCCCCGACAGUAUCUGAUGACGGCUCUCUUCUACUGCCCCGCCGUCUACAGUCAGUCCAGCACAGCACUUUGUUUCACCUGUGCUUGGUACAGCAGCAUUGUCACAGGUGGAUUGCUUUACCUGCUGGUGUCUCAAGUUCUGAAUAUCAGCUUCAAUGUGACGGAGCGAGAGUCUCAGCUGGCUCUGAGGAACAAAACGGGCCAGAGGCGCCUGUGGGGACUCGUCGUCGCCACGGGAGAGUAUUCACGUGGCUUCUGUCAGAACUGGGUUGAGUUCCUCACCAUGGCAGAUGCUUCGAUGGCAGGGAAGUGGUACCUGGUUGGAUUCGCCACCAACGCCCAGUGGUUUGUCAACCGUAGAGACAGCAUGAAGGUGGGCACGGCCAUGUUCACCCCAACUGCAGACGGGGACCUGGACCUCUCAUACGCCAGCCUCAACUCUGACGGCUCUUGCUGGAGACUGAACAACCUGGCCAAGAAGACUGACACACCUGGAAAGUUCACGUACACAAGUGACCGCUGGGGGAACGAGAACGACAUGCGCAUGGUGGAUGUGAAAUACGACGAGUACGCCAUCAUUCAUACCAUUAAGACCAAGAGCGGCGUCCUCACUGUUGUCAACAAACUUUACGGCCGCAGCAUGGACCUCAGCGCCGAGCUGCUGGAGAAGUUCAGGCAGUUCUCCUUGGAGACUGGAGUCCUGCCUGAAAACAUUGCUUUCCUUCCCAGAAAUGCGGAGUGCCCAGCUGCAUAGGUUCUGACUCCUCACGCAUCAGUGAUGCUGUCUGAAGACCUGAAUGCUUGUCGCCAAACACUCUAUCCAGGUCUUUGCCAUAAACUGAACAAAUGAAUACAAAAGGAUUUCUGUUUAUUUUCUCUGCUCUUUCAGAUGCCACUCGACAUGACGUAAAAGCCUGGUUUCAAUAUACAAUACUUUGCAUUUAUCUAUCAACCAGCCUUCAAAGAUUCCCUUCAGACAUCUUUUGAGAAAUAAAGCAUUCCGCUUUCAGUAGAAA